GAUAGUCGGUAGAGGCGAUAAGAAUGACGGUGAUAUCAGGGGUUCGGGGACCAGGUUUCCGGUCAGCUCCGCUCAGUGGCCGUCGGUUCUGACGCAGAACGACCUCGAGCGUUCAUACGGUAGCAUGAAAGUCAUCAAUUUUCCUACGGUGCGAGUGUGUUCACACGAUUGCGAUUGUGCUGAAUUGUCGCGCUGUUGAUUACUGUCACUUCUUCGGGGAGAACAUAAUUUCGAUUGGCACAAUUGACGUGAGCGUUGCGAGUGCACCGUUGACGGCAAUGAUGCAGGAGCAUAAAUCUUUCCUGAUUAGAGAUCUUUUGGGGGAUGUAUUGGCUGAUCGAGUUCAAGAAGACUCGGGGGAUGAUUCAGCGGUCCAUUCGGAUUCCGAAGACACGAUUGAUCCUGGUAGCAGUCCUCGCACACGUCUAGGAAGUCCUCCACCGGUGCUCUCGCCGUCGCCUGGCCCGGCAACCACGUCGGGAAAAGCUUGCACAGUGAUUGCUAAUAAUGCACCGUCAACCGGUAGGAAACCGCGAAGAAGACGAACCGCUUUCACUCACGCACAGUUAGCUUACCUCGAGAGGAAGUUUCGUUGUCAGAAGUAUCUCAGCGUGGCAGACCGCAGCGACGUUGCGGACGCUUUAUCGCUCUCGGAAACCCAAGUGAAGACUUGGUAUCAGAAUAGAAGGACGAAGUGGAAGCGACAGAAUCAGCUGCGAUUAGAACAGCUGCGUCAUCAAGCCACCGUUGAGAAGGAUCUUUUGGUACGCAGUGUGGGUCUCCAUCAUGGCAGCAUAGACGCUUACUGUUCACCGUACAACUCACAAACGCAAACCAGCCAUCCGCCACCGCCACCACCACCACCCGCACCACCAUCUACCGCUUCCACAGCAGCGUUUCUCUCGACAGCAGCCGCACUUUUUCGAAAUGUCACCUACGUCCAUGGCUGCCCCCUCUAAUACGCGUAAUCAAAAUAGCCUCGAGAUCAUUUCCGGAUUAAAAUGAACGAUUUAGUUUCCGGAGUUCCGAAGAAACAUUUCGACCAACUAUUUGUGCCGUAAGUGCUGAACAGUGCUGCUAAAAAGCUUCGAUUUGCUUUUUAUUAUUUCGGAGUUUCUCAAAUUUUUAGUGAAUUAAUUGCAAAGAUUUGUAUUAACGAGUCACUUUAGGUAUCUAAUAACAGGUAAGAGAGAAAUAUAUACACAUUACAUAAGGUUCUUUUCUUUCCGUGUUAUAUCUUUCUUAUAAUGUUACGUUUAAAAUUUGGAUAUUGAUUUGGUCUAUAGAUUUUUUAAAAUAAGAAAAUAAAUAAAAAAGACAAAUUAUAAGUGUAAAAAUGUGUUAAUUAUACAUUAACAUAUCAUGUUAAAUUUCAGCGUGUUGAGUGUUACAGAUAUUUUUGCUUGCUUGAAAUGUCUGUAGUAGUUUUUUCCACGUUUUAUUUUGCAUGUUAAACAAAGAUCAAAUAAAAAUGUAAAUAUGUAAUUAGAGUUUCAGUAGUCGUAGUGCAGCUUAUCUUUCACAUACGAAGUUAAUAAAAUGCUUACUAUUUAUAUUUUAUGAAGAUUUACAUUUCAACACAAUUUCCAUAGUCGAUAUUACAAUAAUCUCACAAUAUUAUUAUUAUUAUUAUUAUUAUUAUUAUUAUUAUAUGUCACUGUAGAUGUGAUACUAAUAUUGCAUUUAAGAGUUGAAUAAGAAAAGCAGCUAUUUUAGCGUGAAAGAAACAAUGUGCAUUGCGACUUUGUAUUAUAAAUUGAAGAGAAGAAGAGAAACAGAGAUAGAGAUAGGAAGGGGGGGAGCGAGCGAGCGAGCGAGCGAGCGAGAGAGAGAGAGAGAGAGAGAGAGAGAGAGAGAGAGAGAGAGAGAGAGAGAGAGAGAGAGAGAGAGAAAAGGAGAAAAUAACAAAUUUAAUCCGUGGAUAUUUUAGCAUAUUAUUUAGCAUAGUAUUCUCGAUGUGUGGAGAAAAAUAAUAUUAUUAAUUAUCUAAUGUGCAAUGUUUGAGCACGUAUAUAAGGCAAACGCAAUUAUGUCUAGUAAUUUAGUUGAUUAUUGUUAUUCGUCGUCGAUAAUUUAUUGAAUACUUUUUCUGAAGCAGAAAGUUAUUGUAGAUAAAUAAAUUACUAUUAAAAUCUUUAAA